UAAUAAUUUAGUUUUGUGUUAUGGCCGAUUCAAAUACUUCAAGAGUUGACGAAAGACCAUCAAAUACGAAGAUUGUUGUCAAAAGGAAACCCCAAAGUAUAGACGAAGAACUAGCGAUGGGUAGAAGCGUGUAUUUUAUUGAAGAAGCUGUCAAUCCAAAACAAGUAAGAUGACCUAAAUGUUAUCAUAAUGCUAAUACAGUAGUGAAUAAAAUAAUGACCCCCAGCCAAUGGGGUGCUGCUAUUUGACUUGCCUGAUGAUGAUUAUGAUGGAUGCCUUUUGUUAUGAAGCAAGCAUACAUCUACCAGCACUGUUGUGCAGCUUGAGGGGAAGUAAUACAAACCUAUAACCCCACUAACCUAAGAUAUCCUAGUUAUUACGAUAAGAUGGAGGAAUAAUUUUCUAAAUGAUGUCAC